GCCCACAGAGACAUGGGGCACGCCCCGCGGGCCGCCGCGAUCCUGGGGCUGCUGCGCUUCUGCUUGGCCCAGGCCAACUUCGCCCCUCACUUCUUUGACAACGGAGCGGGCAGCACCAAUGGAAACAUGGCCCUGUUCAGCCUCCCGGAGGACACCCCAGUAGGCUCCCAUGUGUAUACCCUCAAUGGGACAGACCCUGAAGGAGACUCCAUCUCCUACCACAUCAGCUUUGACCCCAGUUCUAGAAACGUCUUUUCCGUUGACCAGAAUUUUGGAAACAUCACCUUGGUUGAGGAGCUGGACAGAGAGAAGGAGGAUGAGAUCGAAGCCAUCAUCAGCAUUUCCGAUGGCCUGAACCUGGUGGCAGAAAAGGUCACGAUCCUGGUGACUGAUGCCAAUGACGAGGGGCCCAGGUUCACACAGGAGCCUUACAUCAUCCUGGUACCAGAGGACACACCUGCCGGGAGCAGCCUCUUUACGGUCCAUGCUGUGGACAGGGACACAGGCUCUGGAGGGAGUGUCACCUACUUCCUGCAGAGCCUCCACUCCACCAAAUUUGCCAUGGACCGCCACAGUGGUGUGCUGCGCCUCCAGGCUGGGGCCACUCUGGACUAUGAGAAGUCCCGGACCCACUUGGUCACCGUGGUUGCCAAGGAUGGUGGGGGCAGGCUACGAGGGGCCCACGUGGUGUUCUCAGCCACCACCACAGUCACAGUCAAUGUGGAGGACGUUCAGGACAUGGCACCUGUCUUCGUGGGCACACCCUACUACGGCUAUGUGUACGAGGAUACCCUUCCGGGCUCAGAGGUGUUGACCGUGGUUGCCGUGGAUGGAGACCAGGGCAGACCCAAUCAUCUCGUCUACAGCCUCGUGAAUGGGAGCAGUGGAGCCUUUGAAAUUAAUGAGACAUCAGGAGCCAUCUCAGUCUUGCAGAACCCGUCCCAGCUGCGCAGAGAGGUGUAUGAACUGCAUAUACAGGUAACAGAGGUCAGCUCCACGGGGAGCCCAGCUGCCCAGGCCAUGGUCCCUGUCACCAUCAGGAUUGUGGACCUCAACAACCAUCCACCAACGUUCUAUGGAGAGAGUGGGCCCCAGAACAGGUUUGAGCUCUCCAUGUAUGAGCACCCACCCCAGGGCGAGAUCCUGCGGGGCCUCAAGAUCACUGUCAACGACUCUGACCAGGGAGCCAAUGCCAAAUUCAACUUGCGGCUUGUGGGACCUGGAGGCAUCUUCCGAGUGGUCCCACAGACAGUACUCAAUGAAGCCCAGGUCACCAUCAUUGUGGAGAAUUCAGCUGCCAUUGACUUUGAGCAGUCCAGAGUGUUGACUUUCAAGCUCCUGGCCAUUGAAGUGAACACCCCGGAGAAGUUCAGUUCCACAGCAGAUAUUGUGAUCCAGCUCCUAGACACCAAUGACAAUGUCCCCAAGUUCACCUCCCACUACUAUAUUGCCAGGAUCCCAGAGAAUGCCCCAGGGGGCUCCAAUGUGGUGGCUGUCACAGCUGUGGAUCCAGACACAGGAUCCUGGGGCAAAGUCAAAUACUCCAUCUAUGGGACCGGAGCAGACCUGUUCCUGAUCCACCCCUCCACUGGGCUUAUCUACACCCAGCCUUGGGCCAACCUGGAUGCUGAGGCCACAGCGAGGUACAACUUUUAUGUGAAGGCAGAGGACACAGAAGGCAGGUACAGCCUGGCCGAGGUGUUCGUCACUCUGCUGGACGUCAAUGACCACUACCCCCAGUUUGGAAAGAGCAUCCAAGAGAAGACGAUGGUGUUGGGGACCCCGGUGAGAAUUGAGGCCACAGACCAGGAUGCAGAGGAGCCCAACAACCUGGUGGACUAUUCCAUCACCCAUGCAGAGCCAGCCAACGUGUUUGACAUUGAUGCACACACAGGGGAGAUCCGGCUCAAGAACUCCAUCCGUUCCCUGGAUGCCCUGCACAACAUCACGCCCAGGGGGGACUUUACGUGGUCCCUAGAAGUGCAGGCCAAGGACCGAGGCUCCCCGUCCUUCAGCACCACGGCCUUACUCAAGAUUGACAUCACAGACGCUGAGACGCUGUCCCGAGACCCCAUGGCUGCCUUCCUGCUACAGACCAAGGACAACCCCAUGAAAGCCGUGGGUGUGCUGUCCGGCAUCGUGGCCAUUGUUGUGGCCAUCACCAUCCUCAUCUCCACUGCCACCUUCUGGCGCAACAAGAGGUCCAACAAGGUCCUGCCCGUGCGCCGUGUGCUCCGAAGGCGGUCCAGCCCUGCCCCCCGCAGCAUCCGCAUUGAGUGGCUCACGUUCAGGAGGGCCAAGACCGCCACCAAGUUCAUGCUCAAGGAGGGGUCCCCCAAUGAGAACUGCAACAACAGCAGCGCAGGAGCCCCGCUGCCCCCCAAAGCUCCAGCUCUCCCUUCACCCCCCAGAAUGGCAUCCAACACGGUCACACACUGGACGGUGCCUACAGUCUCUGGAUCUCUGAAUCCACAAGAACCCCAGCCCUCACCCCAGGCCCCAGCUUCAGGCAGCCCUGUCAGGUCAUCUGUGGUCUCUGAGCUCAAGAAGAAGUUUGAGAAGAGUGUAGACAAGAAAGCUUACUUCUAGGGUGUAGCCUGUGACCCUGUCUCCCCCAGCACACACCACCCCCAACCACUCCAUUGCUUCCAUAGUGCUCCCCACCCUGUCCUCUUGAAGGUCAGCCCUGUUUUGUACAAUGAUGUAAACUCCCAUUUACAGGGCUCUGGAUGAGGCUUUCAGCCAGGGGUUUCUCAGGUGGCAGAACUGGCAACUUUCCCAUCAUCUGCAUCCUGGGCACAGCCGGAAUGCUCCCUGGUCUUCAGGAGCUGCUCUCUGCAUCCUGUGCUCACCAGUCCCAAACCUCACAGUCCCUCUGGUCCCCCUGCAGCUUCAUCAUUCUUCAUAAAGGAGCCACAGGUGACAAGGCCAGCAAGCUUCUGGAUCCUGAAGAUAGCAGCUAAGAGCAGAGGCAGGAAAGGGAGGUUGAGCCCUGCAAAGGGUGCAGUCAGCAAAGCAUGCAGGCCACAGGAGAGUAGAUCUGGGGGGCAAGCAGAGGGCAGAGGUGCCGUGAGAACUCAUGUUGACUUCAGGGCUGCACCCAAAGUCACAGAAACCACGGAGCCAGCGUCUGGGUGAGGUCACAACCCCUGCCGUGCCCCAUGGGCCCAGCAAUGCACUGUGAGCACAGCAGACAUUCCCAGCCAGACUGCCCUGGGCCCCGAAGCUGGAGCUUCUGGUGAGGUGGGAGCCUGAGGACACUAGGAAGAGUGUCGGCCCUCUUCAAAGGACAGGAAGAAGACUGAGACCUGGUGAGACUCCUGCUUUUACCUAGUUCUGUUCACUUGUGUACUUAGGAAAGCUGGUUUUUGUUUUUGAGAUGGGGCCUUGCUGUGUUGCCUGGUCCAGCCUAAAACAUGAGAGCCUCUUGCCUCAGCUUCCCUGAGCAGCUGGAUUAUAGGCGUGUACCACACUACCCAGCUAUAGGAAAGCUGUUUAAACUCUCUCAUCAUCAUCUUCCUCAUUUGUACUGAAGGAAGUAAGCCCCAGGAAAACAUAGGUGAGAAGGCUUUAGCCACACACAAAUCGGCAUCAAAGUAUUUGGAGCAGUCCUUCCCAGAAGUAUUAGACCUUCACAGAUACUCUCCCCAAGUGCCCCCAGGGGCGCUGUGCUGGGCACAUGAGCAGGAGAGCAGAUGAUGGCUUUGCCCUUGACCACUCCCCUUCCUUCUCCCUCACCUCAUGCUACUGCCAGAGAGAACAAGAGCCGGGCAGCAGCGUCCAGUCCAAGCCUGGACUGGGGAAGUGGUUUGUCCAAUGCCAUUGCAGAUAGCAGGGGUCUGGUCUGAGGGUCCCCACCUCCUCCACAUUUUCCUCUAGCUGGGUGUGACAAUCUCUUCCAGAAGAGAAAUCCUGCAGGGCCUCCACGGUUAAUUCAGAGAAGUUCUACCCUGGUUAAGGACAUUCAGGUGCACACACAAGUACACAGGGACAAAAAAGCAGGAUGGUUCUUUGUAUUUGCUCCACUCUUGAAUUGGCCCUCUAGACUGCACCCAUGAGUAUGAACAGAGGCUGUGCAUGUGUGGCUUUCCUGAUGUCCUGUCUAUGUUUCAAGGUGUUACUGAGAUGUGCCAGUAAGCAGAAUCCUUUAGGGGUGUCUGCAGUCCCGGACCCAGACAGUGUUAGAGAGGAGUCCAGACUGGAUAGGGACUUUUCCAGCUGGUGUUUCAGGAGAGGACUAAACCAAGAUUACCUCUCUAGAGAAUACAGUGUCCUUCCAACGUGCAUGAAAUCGACCUCUUUUAUAAAUGGUAAAUAAAAUCUGUAACCCUAAGGAUUAGCUGACUUCUUGCUGCUGCUUAUGUGUGUAUUUUCUGGCUUAUGGAGGCCAGUCCUCCUGGCCUAUGGCCCAGAUCAGCCUGCUCAGCCUUUUCCUGGCUUCUCUGGUGGGCAAAUGCACCCCAACUCCUGGUUCUUACUCCAAUAAAGGCUGCAAAAUGUGGUCCACACUGCCUGCAUACAUGUCAAACAGGAGCACAACUGCGGGCUCAACUACCUGACUGUGGGCCAUGCCAAGCUUUGGUUGGACUUUUCUUCCUAGGCUGGGUGCUUGGCAAAGAAGGAGAUCUAGAACUAGAAAUUAUGAGCCUCCCAGGAGUUUGACCAAUCAGAGCCAGUCCUGGAACUGAUCACUGAGGGAAAAGAGGAUACUAUUCAGUACCAGCCAUGCUGGAGAAAAGACAAAUUUUCUGCCAAGCCAAAGGGACCAACAGUUGCAGUCAGCACUGGGGAAACAUGCCAGGGAGUCAGGCCAGCCAUGUCUCACCACAUCAGGGAACAGCAGGGUGCGGGGCUGCCUGCAUGGCCAUACGCAGGCAGGCCUGGACCUGUAAACUGGCACAACAUGAAGUCCUGCCACUUACGUGUGCUGUUUGGGUCUCACUUUCCUCAUCAACACAGGGUGCAAAGACUUGUCACGGGAGGGUGACAGAAGCUAAUCUAUGUAGAGCUCCUUGCACCCACUUUGCACCUGCUCACACCGGCUCGGUAGACAGUUGUCCUCUUGCGCAGGGAGGCAUUUGAGCAGAGCUGGCUGUGGCCACAUAUCCUGGAAAGGAUCCUCCUCCAUGCAGCCUCUCCCCAGGGCAUCUCCACCCAUCCAUAGGCCCAGGAACCGUUCCUUUCUACCAGGAGAGCAGGUGAGGAGAGGAAGGAAGUGAGGGAGCAUGGGGAAGCCACCACAGCAUUCAUGACCUGUGCAGCCUGCAGCCCACAUUCAAGCAUCUACUUUCCAAGGCAGCAAGGGACUCCUGCAGGAUUCUGUCCUGAAGCACAGCAAGUUGGCAUAGAGUAGCAUAAUCUGGGGAGGAGUCACCAUCCCCAGCUUCUCCAGGAUUCUGUCUCUCUGAGCAAUGGAAGUUGUUUUGUUUCAGAACUGGGAUCUCACUAUGUUGCCUAGGCUGGUA